AUGUAAUAUGGUAAAAAAGGAGAGGAUUUAUCACGGUCGAAAAUUGAAAUUCUUGAAGACUUUGCUCGAGAGUCUGUAGAAUCAUUGGAUAGUUUAUUACCUCAAUUUCACUGUCACGAUUUACAAUAAUUGGAAAUAGAAAGGCGAGUUGUGGCAUAUUUAAAAUCCUUAGGACUUAAAUUUAAGACAGAUCCUACUUCAAAAGAACAUGAGUUUUAGUAGAAUUUUGAUUAAUCUAGUGAAUUACCAAAAUAGCAAGGGAUAGUGUUUUAGCAAACGAUAGGAGAAUCACCCAUGAUUAAUACAAUUUAGAUAAUCAAAUUUGGGAUGGAUCAAAGUAAUUCAAAAAGAGAUUCUGGAACAGGAUUAAGUCCACUUCAUCUAGGCAAGUAAAGUUCAUUUGAAAUUUGA